AUGGGGAACCGUGGGAGUAAGCCAACUGAUGCCGGUGACGAACCACAGGAAUAUACUCGCAAUACAACUCACCCCACCGAGAACACUACCAGUACAAACCCUUUCAAACCCAACAACCGCAGUUGCACCGAUGUCCUCUGCUUGCUCUUCUUCGUCGUCUUCUGGGUGGGUAUGAUCGUUAUCGCCGGCACGGAUACCGUGCCGGCCUACGACUUCACGGACUACAAGUACAUGAUCUAUCCACGUCUAUCCGAAGACCUCAAGGCUCUCGCUGCUGCUGGCUACAGCACCAAACAACUUGCCAGUCCUUCAACCCUAAGAAAACUCUUCGGUGUGUGUGUCCCGUCCUGUCCACUGAUCGCCGACAAGGAUCUCUACGUACACGCCUACUUGGACUACACAGUACACGAAGACCCCGUGAACGAAGACGACGCCAGUUCUGGCUCCAGUACCGAGUACGAGAAUUCCGGUUCUCCUUGGAAACUCGUAACCAACUCCAGCAACGUCUUGUAUCGCUGUGUGGAGCUCACAAAGAUCGAAGUCACACAAACUGCUCGAUGUGUUGACGACUGUACAGAUGAAGAAGAAGCGGACCACAAGGCAGGCAAGGUCAAAACUCUGACCUGCGGGACGGACGAGAAGAGCAAUCCGUUCAUAGAUUGUGGCGACAAAAGCUGUGCUGAAGUGAUCACUGCUCUACGACCAAGAUGUACGAGCUUAGAGACGACCAAAGAAGAGCGUCAGAUCGGCUCAACGACCGAGGACCCCGUCACCAAGAUGUUGAGUCGUAAAUGGUACAUGGUGGCUCGUUGGCUCGGCGACCUGCAGAAGGCUGCUUUUCCCAUUUUGAUCUGCGGUGGGCUGUUCGCUAUGAUCCUCGGACUCAUCUGGCUCGUCCUCCUGCGCUACUGCGCCGGUCUCUUCGUGUGGCUCGUGAUCGUACUCGUUGUAGCCAUGCAGAUCGUAAUCACCUUCUUCUGUGCAUACGAAGGCAACUUGAUCAACACUACGAGCAUGCAAAGCACGCUAGGUAAAAUGGGUAUGUCUUCCGAGGACGCUGUAGCGCUCACUACUGCAACCACGACCUACAUCACAUCAGCCGGUAUCACUGCUGCUGAGGACCAAGCUUACUACUGGGCGAUCGCCUGCUACGUCCUCACUGCAAUCGACAUCCUACUGCUUCUUCUCUUGAUCUUCAUGUGCGGUCGUAUCCGAAUCGCUAUCGGCAUCAUCCGAGAAGCUUCCAAGGCGCUACAGUCCAUGCCCAUGCUCACGCUUUAUCCGAUCAUACCUACGUUAUUCGCAGUAGGUCUCGUUGCGUACUGGCUGGUAGCGGCUGCAUACAUCGCUACAUCAGGUAAAGUGACACUAAACGACCAUGACACAAUGCACUACUUGAUGAUUUAUCAUCUCUUCGGACUACUGUGGACGAGCCAAUUCAUUCAAGCCGCAGCGUACGCCACCAUCGCCGGUGCCUUCUGCGAGUACUACUGGACGCUGGACAAGCGUCAAGUGCCUGCUCGGCCGGUAUUUCGCUCCAUGUGGCGAACCGUUCGCUACCAUUUCGGCUCGGUGGCGUUCGGCAGUCUGAUCAUCGCCAUCGUGCAGAUGUUCCGCAUUGCUCUCGAGUACAUCGACCAGAAAAUGCGAACGGCUAAGCAGGGAAACGCAGUGGUCAAAGUGGUCAUGAUGUGCCUCAAGUGUUUCCUGUGGUGCUUUGAGAAGUGUCUCAAGUUCCUCAACAAGAACGCGUUUAUCAUCAUGGCCAUGAAGGGCCGAAGCUUCUGUCCGGCCAUGAAGGAUUCCUUCUCGUUAUUGCUGGCCAAUGCUGCUAGAGUCGCUACUGUCAGUAUCGUCUCGCGCUUCUUGAUGAUCCUAGGCAAGUUGUUUAUCACGGGCUUCUGUAUGCUUUUUAUGUUCGUCUUCAUCCGGUACCCGCCCACACAUCUACCGAGCUUCUUCAUGGGCGAUCUGGCGAGCGUCAGUAGUCCGAUCUUCCCCAUGUUGCUCACCGGUGUGCUCAGCUACGCUACGGCUUCGUUCUUUUUGGACAUCUACGGGACUGGCAUCGAUACCAUCUUGCUCUGCUUCUGUGAAGACUGCAACGUCAACAAAUCCUCGGAGCAGUACUACAUGAGUGACGAACUGGUGGCGUUCAUCGAAGGACCAGCCAAGCACAACGCCUUCCCCGUCUAUCAAAAGCAAGGGUCGAAUACUCGAGACAACGCAGCAGCCACAGCCCCACCUAUCGUACAGACCGGUCCGAUGACCAAAAUGAAAUAA